UGUUCUGCCUUGUCUCUCACGCCACCUCCAAGAAAGAGAAGGGAACAGUUGUUCAAUCAUCUUCUCUUCUCUUCUUCUUCGUUUCUCUCAACAGCUUUACGAUGGCUUCCUCCUCCAGAUGGAUAAGGCCCGAGGUGUUCCCUCUAUUUGCUGCAGUUGGUGUAGCUGUUGGCAUUUGCGGCAUGCAGCUUGUUAGGAACAUCACCACCAACCCUGAAGUCAGGGUUACCAAGCAGAACAGAACUGCAGGGGUGCUAGAGAACCAUGCAGAGGGUGAGAGAUAUGCAGAACAUGGACUCCGGAAAUAUGUCCGAAGCAAAGGCCCCCAGAUCAUGCCAUCCAUCAACAAAUACUUCUCAGAUCCAAAGAUUCCAAAGUGAAUCGAAUGAUGCGAUUCAUAGACCUUGCCGGGAUUGGAGAACGUAGGACACAAAAUUUGUUUGGUAAAAGGGUUUAUGAGACGAAUUCUGUGCACUGCGAGCUGCCAAGUUGUUGGUGUGUGUAUGAUCUUGUUUCUCAAUAAAGUUCAUAUUAUUCAA